AUGAUGGAUUGCAAACCAACUCGUACUCCUCUUGAUAGCAAAUUGAAGUUGGACUUGACAGGAGAACCUCUCAGUGAUAUCAGUUACUACCAACGAUUGGUGGGUAAGCUUAUAUAUCUCACCAUCACCAGACCGGAUAUAACUUACGCCGUCAGUCUUGUAAGCCAAUUCAUGCAUGCACCCACUGAAGCUUAUUUAAAUGUUGUUAAAAGAAUUCUCAGAUACCUCAAAGGCUCCAUUGGUCGGGGAAUCGUCAUGAAAAACAAUGGUCAUACUCAAAUCAUUGCCUACACCGAUGCUGACUGGGCAGGGAAUGCUAUUGAUAGAAAAUCCACUACUGGCUACUGCACGUUGGUUGGAGGAAACCUCGUGACAUGGAAGAGCAAAAAACAAAAUGUAAUUGCUCGCUCAAGUGCCGAAGCUGAGUAUAGAGCCAUGGCUUCCACUGCAUGUGAACUCAUUUAG